AUGUCCAUCAAAGUUGCAAUCGUCGGCGCAGGCCUCAUUGGUCCCCGCCACGCAAAGUCCGUCAUCGCAAACCCAUCCACCGAGCUCGCAGCCCUUGUGGACCCAAUGCCAGCAGGCGAAGCAACAGCCAAAGAGCUAUACACAAACUACUAUCCCACGGUAACAUCGCUCCUCACCUCCCCCAACCGCCCAGACGCAGCAAUCGUCUGCACACCAAACCACACCCACGUCCCAGUCGCAAAAGAACUGCUAGCUGGCGGUGUCCACGUCCUCCUGGAGAAACCAGUAAGCGACACCCUUGAAACAGGCCGCAGCCUCCUAGAAUACGCCAAGGCCCCAGAGCGCGCACACCUGAAACUCCUAGUCGGCCACCACCGCCGCUUCAACCCCUACGUGCGAGCAACAAAGUCAAUCCUAGACUCAGGCUCGCUAGGCCGCCCGAUCGCUGUUAACGGCCUCUGGACCCUCUACAAACCAGACUCCUAUUUCGCACCCCCGACAGACUGGCGCGCCUCAAACGACCGCGGCGGCGGCGUAAUCCCCAUCAAUCUGGUCCAUGACAUCGACCUAAUGCACCACCUCUUCGGUCCCAUCACGCGCGUGACAGCGGAGAAAACCCUCCCGCAACGACUCAGCCCGCCACACAACGCAGACGAAGGCGCCGCUCUGACAAUGCGCUUUGCGUCUGGUGUGGUUGGCACAUUCCUUGUCUGCGACGCUACGCCUUCGCCACAUAAUUUUGAGACUGGGACUGGGGAAAAUCCUCUGAUUCCUCGCUCUGUUACUGGUGGUGAUUCGGACUUUUAUCGUAUCUUCGGGUCCGAUGCUUCGCUCAGUGUGCCUGAUCUUACGCGCUGGAGUUAUGAUGGGCAUGUGGAGAAGAGUUGGAAUCAUGAGUUGACCGUUGAUCGGAUUGAGCUGCCUGAUGAGGCUAUGCCGUUUGAUCUGCAGUUGGCGCAUUUUGUUGAUGUUAUUCAGGGAAGUGCGGAGCCUAGUUGCUCUGGCGAGGAGGGGCUGAGGGCUUUGAUUGUUUGUGAGGCCGUUCAGAGGGCUAUGCGGUCGGGUCUGCCUGUUGAUAUUGAUGUGGAUUUGCUUGCGAAGUGA